CGUCAGCCUGCUUUCCCACCCAUCUCUCAUUUGCAAUCCCUUCCAGAGUUUAUUGGUAGAAGGAACCCCAGUGGCUUCCUAGGGAUGGGACCCCAAGCCCUGCCGCCUGUCCUCCUGCUGCUGCUGCUGUGUAGGGCAGGAAGUCCUUUCCGGAUCUGCGCCUUCAACACUCAGCGCUUCGCCCAAGGGAAGGCAGACAAAGCAGAUGUCAUGGACAUUUUUGUCAAGAUUCUGUCUCGUUGUGAUAUCGCUGUCCUACAAGAGGUGAUGGAUGCAAAAGGAAAGGCAGUUCCCACCUUGGUGGCAGCACUGAAUAGCUUUGAUAGUUCUGGGCCCUAUAAUUACCUCACCAGCCCUUUGCUAGGCCGGGGCAAUUACCAAGAACGCUAUGUGUUCAUAUACCGAGUCCACAAGACACGGUUGCUGGACUCCUACACAUACGAGGACAAUCAUCCAGACCGACUCGAUGUCUUUGCACGGGAGCCCUUCAUCGUCCGCUUCACGGUGCCAAGCAAAGCACUCCCAGAUGUGGUGCUGAUCCCACAACACACAAUGCCCUCAAAGGCAGAAGCUGAAAUCGAUGCUCUCUAUGAUGUUUUCCUGGAUGUGCAGGCUCGCUGGAAUACAGAGGAGAUGAUUUUCUUGGGCGAUUUCAAUGCUGAUUGUGGCUACGUGGCCAAGAAGCGUUGGGGACAAAUCCGCUUGCGCCAGCAGCCUGGCUUUCAUUGGCUCAUCGGAGACAAAGCUGACAGCACAGUGCGAGAGAACACCCGCUGUGCCUAUGACAGGAUCGUGGUUCAUGGCGAGCGUUGCCUGGGUGCAGUCAUACCUGGAUCGGCUCAGCCGUUUAACUUCCCCAAGGAAUAUGGACUCUCGGAGGAAGAGGCGCUGAAGGUGAGUGACCAUUAUCCUGUCGAAGUGGAGCUGGACACAGCCUGUUGGGGGCUCCCACCCACCGGUCCCACUGGCCUUGUGCUGCUGGCAUUAGCCGUGUCGUCUGGCUCAGGAUAUGGCAUCUGAAGUUCGGACCCUGAAGAUUCGUAUGUUGGUGGCUGUACUGGUCGCCAAGCAACAGAGAGAGAAGAUUUUGAGACUGGACCAACCGGUGGUUUCAAGAUGUUAUGGAAGGUUUACACCCAGAGCGCCAUCGUAGGCAAAACGCAUGUCCUCAGCACAAAAAGGUAGAACAAGUAUUGGGGUGCCGUUUCAACAAUCUGAAAACUGGUAGGAAUUGUGUACAUCUGACCCAAAGAAGCUGGGGUACGUUGGAGCUGUCAGUUAACAGGAAAGCUUCUGGGAGGCUGCUGCCCUGCAGAGCCAUGUGCAGCCAGGAGCACGUUGAGCUAAGUGGCCCCAGGGUUGCUGGCAAAGCCAUGGAGCCUUCUUGUCUUGCACUUGGGCUGCAGCGAUGGUUGGUAAGU